AUGACACUAGACUUAGCGCCCAAGGCGCACAACAAACAGUCAAAGGGUGGAAAAGCCAAAAAAAAGCAAACAGCAAUUGAAAGACACAACCCAAAGGCCUUCACUUUUAGCGGUGGACCGCAAUCAGUUCACAGACGAGUUCAGCGAACCGCCGAAAUUGAGCAGAAACGAGCUUGUUAUAGUCAUGCCACUGACAAGACAGAAACUUCAGAUGCUCCUCCUGUAAUUGUUGUUGUUCAAGGGCCUCCCGGCUGUGGAAAAACGACCUUGAUAAAAUCUCUAAUUAAAUACUACACAAAACGCUCUGUUAAUCAACUCAACGGUCCUGUUACUUUAGUUGUUUCUAAAACAAGAAGAAUAACAUUGAUAGAAUGCAGCACAGAAAUCGAAGCAACCCUCGAUCUGGCGAAAAUUGCCGACAUCGCGCUUUGCAUGAUAGACAUUCGAAAUGGCAUUCAAAAAGAUACACUGGAAUUUAUAAACAUCAUGAAAGUGCACGGAUUUCCAAAAAUUCUUGGAGUUCUGUCUUUUGUAGACACUUUCAAGCAGGAUAAAAAACUUAAAUUACUUAAAAAGAAGAUUAAGCAACGAUUCUGGGCGGAUUUGUAUGACGGUGCCGUUUUGUUUUACUUGCGUGGGAUGAAAGAAGCACUAUACCAGUAUAGAGACAUUUUGAACUUAUGCAGAUUCAUAAGUGUACAAAAAUGCGAACCUCUGGUGUGGCGCUCUAACCACAGCUAUCUUUUAGCGCUUAACAUGACCAUAGAAGAAGCCAACGAGGAUUCUUGUGACGUAGAUUUUUACGGAUACUUAAAAGGUUGUCUACUACGCAGCCAUCAAUACGUGACAAUACCGGGUUUUGGUGAAUUCAAUGUUAGCGCGGUAACAAAAGUUCCAGAUCCAUGCGAAAUUAGAAUAAUUAAUCAGGACGAAACCGAAGAUGCCAAACCCACUGCAAAAGCUAUAGUGAAGCAACGAAACAUUUACGCUCCAAGUUGUUUAAUCGGCCAAAUUGAAGUACAGGAUGAUGCAAUAUACAUCACUGACUAUAAAAAGAAAGAACCAGCCGUUAAAAAAACAGUUGUACACUCAGAGAAUGUAGACCAAAAAAAGAGCGAUGAUGAAUCUAACUUUUGGAAUAUUUCAGACGAGGAAGAAGAGUUUAGCCAGAAAGAAGAUUUAGAAAACGAACCGAAAGACUCGGCUUUUCAGAAGACAUACGAAUCUUGGAACAAUCGACCUGACAUGUCUCUUGAACAAUUUGAUUAUAAUUUAAGCGAUGAAGAUAACUCUCAAGCUGAAGUUUCAGAUAAAGAAAUGCCUGAUACCGAGACUGAACUCGAUUCUGCGCUUUCUUACAUCUCAAAAGAAAUCAACUUCAUGCAGACCACAAAUUUAACUAAAAUCAUUUACUCCGACCAGGUUUUUGAUUACUUCGACCAACUAGAAACCGUAAAAGAAAACAAACCCAAAUUGCUAAGUAAAUACUUAUCUAAAAACAGACAUUUGUUCAAUAUUAACGAGUCAUCGAUCCGACCUGUCAGCGAAGUAGCAAAUCGACUCCAAGAAAUCGAUUCUUUAUACGAGACCGAUGCUUGUGAUGUUAUAACCUCACUUGAAGACAAAAUUGAAAAUGAUUUAAAGACAAGUGAUGAGGAUGCGAAAGAAUCUUUUUCAGAAAACUUAAGUGAAGACGAGACUUCGGAUGAUGAAGGGGAUGACGCCGGCCUUGUAUGCGACCAAACGAAUGAUACUGACACUUUGAGCGAGAAUGAAAGUCAAAAUGAUAAUGACAACUAUGAAGUAAAAAUUUCUUUAGAUACAACUUAUAAGGUGAAUAGUUUGAGUUUUUCUAUUAAAACAUUAAAAGUUGUCAAAAAAGCUUUUUUCGCUACAGGAGAGUUUGAUUAUAAUAUGCAAAGCGAAAGAAUGAAAGACUUCGAAGCUGUGUGCAAACAGAUAGAUGAAACACUCUUCAAAAUGCGUACAGUGGAUCCAUUGUUUGCCGAAUGUCUACCUAUUCCUGUUGGAUCUUACGUGAAAAUAAGAGUUAAAGGCAUAAGCAGGAAAUGCAUUGAAGCAUAUCGUAAUCAUACGCAUUCUGUCAAGCCCAUAGUAAUUGGAGGAUUAAACGCCAAUGAAACAUCUUUAACUUUUUUGAAGUGUAAAAUAAUUCGGCACCGUUGGGCACCAAAGGUGUUGAACUCAACCGAGCCACUCUUAUUUUCAGUGGGAUGGCACCGUUAUCAGUCGCUCCCGUAUUUCGCAAUCGAAGACCGUAACUCAGUAAGAAUUCGUUACCUCAAGUAUACACCUUUGUACUUGCACUGUCUUAUGUAUAUAAACGGUUUCGCGGUUCCGCCAAACACUGGUAUCUUGGCUAUGAAGUACUUUUCACGUUCUUAUGUAGAUUGGAGAAUAAGUUUGACAGGCAGUGUCUUAGCUUGUGAACCUAACCCUAGCAUCAAGAAGAAACUAAAGCUCAUUGGCGAUGUUUCCAAAAUUCACAUAAAUACCGCAUUUAUUAUAAACAUGUUUCAGUCUUCUUUUGAGGUAAAUAGAUUUAGAUUUGCAAAAAUCCAAACAACUUCGGGUAUCCGAGGCGUUAUAAAAAAAGCCAAAGGCGAAGAUGGCGAAUUUAGAGCUACUUUCGAAGCGAAAAUACAACCCAAUGACACUAUAAUUUGCAAAACUUGGGUCGAUGUGCCUUUAACGGCUUUUUGCCACCCAAUGAUUGACACUCCGUCCUGGGAUCGUCUACACACCUUCGUUGAAAUUCGCAAUGAGCUAAAGCUUGCUCGUAACAAAUCAUUAAUCGACGCUCACGCAUAUAAAUCACGCGACGAGGCACCAAAACUCAAAUUGCCCAAGCUGAAAAUACCCGCUUCUUUAGUCGAACAACUUCCAUAUAAAUCAAUGCCAAAGCCACUUCUUCCUGGUUCACUUGAUGAAAGAAAUAAAAGUACAGAACAAGCUACUUCUGAAUAUGAUAAACUGAUUUCAACUUUAUUGAAUAAGGCUAAACACGACAAAAAGGACAAGGAAAGGAAGAAAAAAGAAAAGUUAGAACAGAAACUCAAAAAAGCCGAACAACAAAACAAACAUAACCUUUCACUAAGUCAGAACAAAAAUGGCAUUAGUCAGAAAGAUGCUAAAAGGCUCCAUCACGCCUACAAAGGAUUCGAAAAGAAGCAAGCCUUAAAGCGAAUGAAGCUAAUCGAUGAAUAG